AUGGGCAACUGUUUCCACACAGCGCAAGGUCGUCGCGGUGUCGACACCAAGAAGAGCGCGGUGCCGGAGGAGGAGGAGGAAGUUACUCCGCCGGUGAAGGAGGUGAAGAUCAGGAUCACGAGGAAGCAGCUGGAGGACCUGCUGCGGCGCCUCGACCAGGAGGACGGCUGCAGCGGCGCCGUCAUCUCGGAGCUCCUCUGCAUGACGAGCAGCUCCAAUUUCCGGCACAGGGGGCAGACCGCACAGUGGACGCCGGCGCUGCAGAGCAUACCGGAGUGA